AUUUGUUUGUAAAAUAUGGAUCCAAAAGGAUAAAUCUAGUAGUGCCAUGAACUCAUAUCAGCCCAUUCUUCUUGUGUUGAGGAUUAGGAAAUUCGUUCACCAUAAGGUUCACACAGUAAUAAUGAUUCAGACUCUUCUUUCAGUUUAGCAGAGCAAGAGAGGGAAUGUAAGAAAUUGUUAACAUAAUCAUCAAAUGAAUAAGAGAUGACAAAAAGAAGAAGAGGUAUAUAAAUAUUAUUUAAGUUUUAAAAGCAGGUAAACAUGGUCUUAAAUAUGCAAAAAUUACAAAUGAUUAGAGAGAAGGUUUGAUCAAAUAAGUCACAUCAACUGGAUGUACAAUAAAAAGUGCAGCAUAAUAACUAGGAAUCAACUUCUCAACUGCUAAAGCAAUUAUGUAGAUUUUCAAGAAAGAAGGAAGAUCUUGUAAAAAAAUCAUUCGUAAGAACAAAAAAAGACAAACUUAAUUGUGCAAAAGACCCUGCAUAGUAACCAAAGACUAAAGUAUUAAAAUAUUUUUAUCCUAAUCUAGCUAAUCGACAAGAAAAACAAUUAGUCUAAUAAACAGACAAAAUUCUUAAAGAAAUGAUACAAUAACCUAUUUCGGUCCUUGAAGACAAAAACUAAUAACAACUUGUACUCAUUCAAUAACUGACAAAACAAGUAUUAUAAAGUUUUAUUAUUUUAGAAUUUGUUAUAUUAAGGUUAAGUGUCCAAUCUAUUUCAAGACAACCUUAUGCUAACCUAAAAGUACUAGUGUCUAUGUUAGUAGUAUUAGUAAUUGUAGAAUAUGGUACAAAAAUUAUAUAUAAAUUUAGAUGUAAUAAGUAUUUAUGUAAACUUAAAGUCCACUAGUUCCAUUCAAAAUUUGA